UGCUGCCGCUGUCUCCUCUCCUCCCCGCAAAGCACUCCCACAGUCCCACUUGCUGCUAUUUCUCAUCGCCGCUCGUAUCCUGCGUGCGCACACAGCCGCCGAGCCACGGCCGUUUCGCUCGCCCACAGCGCCCGCCAUGUCGUGGCUCCUGGCCGUCGCCGUGCUCGCCGGCUUCGCGGUUGAUCUGUCGGCGGCGACGGACCACAUCGUGGGCGCCAACCACGGGUGGAACCCCAACAUCAACUACUCCCUCUGGUCCGGCAACCAGACCUUCUACGUCGGCGACCUCAUCUCGUUCCGGUACCAGAAGGGGACGCACAACGUGUUCGAGGUGAACGAGACGGGGUACGACAACUGCACCAUGGACGGGGUCGCCGGAAACUGGACCUCCGGCAAGGACUUCAUCCCGCUCCCCGAGGCCCGCCGCUACUACUUCAUCUGCGGCAACGGCUUCUGCCUGCAAGGCAUGAAGGUCGCCAUCACCGUCCACCCGCUCGCGCGCAACGCCUCCUCAUCCAAUGGCUCCAGCGGCCACGGCAGCUCCGGCGCGCAGGGAGAGGCCUCCGCGGCGGCGCUCGGGACGAGGAGCGCCGCAUGGCUGCCAGCGCUCGCGGCCGCCGUUGCUGCUAUCUGUUAGGAGUUGGAUUCCCAGAUUUCUCUGAACAUUUUUGUUUUAUUAUCUCUGUGUUCUGCUCCUUUUGCUCCCAUUUCAUGGGUCUUCAUCAAAUUUGCAUCAACUUCUCUGC